UUCCGUUCCCCUUUUCUUACAUUCCCUUUCGCCAUGUUUCAAAAACUAUGGCCUUUCAACAGCACUUCCCAGCAGAACGGUCCUCCUCAGACCAACGACUCCCAAGACCAUGGCGUGUCGACCAAAGUGAAACCAAUCCACGCCUCAUUUAACAAGGGCAUACCACUCAAUAUGAAAGUUGUUAUCCGUGGCGACAUCAGGACAGGGAAGACCUCUGUUUUCGAGCGAUUACAAGGACUUCCCUUCAAGAACGAGCAGGAAUACAAGACGACGGAGCAGAUCCAGGUCGCCAACAUUCCCUGGCAAUACCCUCACACCAAGGACAUUAUCAAAGUCGAGAUCUGGGAUGUGGUUGACAAAGGUGUCCAGUCUGGAGAACUCAAGGCAUCCAACAAUAAUACAACCCUCAAAAUCGAUAAUCAUGCUCCCGUAUCUCCUUCUAAAGCAAGACCUGCGGUGGGUGCAGAGUCAGUACCACACGCGGGAUUCUCGCUCGACGCUUCGACAAUCGACGUCUAUCGGAACACAGAUGGCGUUAUAUUGCUCUACGAUAUCUCCAAAUCAUGGACCUUUGACUAUGCCGUCAAAGCACUCGAGGAGAUUCCCAUUAACAUGCCUGUCCUAAUUUUGAGCAAUUUCUCAGACGACAGUCAUCCACAACCUGUUCUACCUAGCGAACGUGUGAAAACACUUAUGAGAGAACAUAACAGCAUACGCAAUAGACAGCCCUGUGCUCCUGCAAACCUGAUAAGGCACCUGGACGCCAGCAUGAAGACCGGACUCGGCCUCAAAGAGAUUCACGAGAGCUUCGGAAUCCCGUUCUUAAACGUUUUGAGAGAAACACAUAGGAGACAGUUUGAACAAAAGACAGAGGAAAUACAAGAGUUGCUGAGAACUCUGGAUGGACAUGCAGAGGAGCGUACAAGGAAAUUGUCUCUUCAGCAACGGCAGCAACAACAGCAAGCACCAGUCCCCCAACCGUUAUCCCCCAAAGAAGCGACUUCUUCAAGGAAACUCCAGCAUUUGCCCGCAUCGAUUCAAACAACUGGUCCUACUAUUCAUCCUAUUCCUCAGACAUCAUCACCUACGUCGCCAGCAAGAAAAACCAGGAAUGAGCACACAAAUGUCGAUAUCUUGAGCCCUACUCCUGUCUCUGUACAAACACCGGCUGUUCUAUUUGACUUUAGUCCUGGCAAACUGGAGGAGGACUUUUUCCAGAACAUCGAUCUGGACUCUACAGCGCCGAGCGCAGUCAGCAACGAAGAUACAGAGUCAGCACUAGCGACCUCUACCAUCAAAUUUCAUGUAAAAGAGGGCAGUGCGGAGAUGAUUGCCAAUCCGAUGGUUGCAGAAGACGAGGAUAUUGAAGAUAGCUCUUCAGACGAGCAGAAAGACCUGGAUCUGCACCGGAGACAGGCGCCCAUUUGGGCCUCUGACCAAGUGGAGAAGGGGUUGGUGAACCGCCAUACGAUCAAAGGAUCAGAGGAGAUGCGACUGGAGAAUAUUCAGGAUGCAGAUGGCAAUGAUAGUUUGGAUACUCGGCGGGACGAGGACAGCGAUGCUGGUGGCGUUGAAGACAGUGAGAAUUCGACUCUGGAGAGCACCCCACCUCUUAGACACACCACCCAGCAGGACUCUGAUGUCGAAAGCCAACCCGAUUUCCCUGUUGCCUCGGCCAUGUACUAUGAGAAUGAGCACUCGGCCUUUGCACAGGAGGAUGAUCAUCUGGGCAAGCCUAUAAGCGCAAGCGUUCUUGCGGUGUAUGAGGAGAUUGGUGACGGACGCCGUGAUAACCCUUGGGAUAGCACCGGAGACCUACUGAGUGGCAUCGGUGAAUCAACCAAGAAUGUGCUCCACCAAUCUAAUGAAGAGCAGGAUCAGGGUCGGGAGCAGGAGCAGGAGCAGGAGCAGGAGCAGGAGCAGGAGCAAGUCGGACAAUCGUUUUUGCAGACCGCUGGAUCGUCCAAUAGAGCCGAGGGCAGCGAGACAGCGAAUGAUGUGGUGCAGGUGGAAACCAAUCUUAUACCUACAGUUGUUGCUGAUGCUGAAGCUAGGGAAGACGUGCUCGCGUCUGCUACGAUGGUCAGUACAGAGGGCAGUGGUGGCGAUGCCGAGGACAAGGAGGACGAUGACGAGGAGGGAUCAAGUCCUGCGGCUGCGACAACAGAGGAUAAAAAGAAGACGAAAAAGAAGAACAAGAAGAAGGGCAAGAAGAGCAAAUGAGAUGGAUCUGGGGCGAAUAUUAAAAGUAUAGACACUAAUAAAACCUGCAAUUGGUCUCUGCUACGGCAUUGGCGCGAUUCCUGCGCACACGCAGUCAAUAG